AGCUGAACUGGCAACACAGAAUAGUGUGUGUGACUGAUGUGUAGACAGAGAUCAUAUAAAAUUGUUUCGCGUAUUUUCUUAUAAUCCUGUGGAUAAAGUUAUUCAUUAAAAAUACAUGCAUUAUGAUUACUUUACUUCCCUGACCUCAAGUGCUGUAGUCAGUUAAUAUACUUUGUGAGUUAUUUUGGUAUCCAGUGACAUUUCAGUGAAGUGCCUAAUUUGAACAUGGAGGCUAUAGCAAAACACGAUUUCACUGCAACUGCUGAUGAUGAGCUGAGUUUUAAGAAAAAUCAAGUACUCAAAAUACUAAACAUGGAGGACGAUAUGAAUUGGUACAGGGCUGAAUUAGACGGCAAAGAAGGACUUAUUCCUAGUAACUACAUUCAAAUGAAAAGCCAUAGUUGGUACUAUGGUAGAAUUACAAGAGCAGAUGCAGAAAAACUCUUAGCAAAUAAACCAGAAGGAGGAUUUCUCAUUAGGAUCAGUGAAUCAAGCCCUGGUGACUUCUCUUUAUCUGUUAAAUGUCCAGACGGUGUCCAGCAUUUCAAGGUAUUACGCGACGCGUCAAGCAAAUUCUUCCUAUGGGUGGUUAAGUUCAAUUCGCUGAACGAGCUCGUAGACUACCACCGUUCGGCAUCAGUCAGCCGCCUGCAGGACGUCAAACUACGAGAUGUUGUACCCGAAGAGAUGCUGGUGCAGGCGCUGUACGACUUCACGCCGCAAGAGGCGGGCGAGCUGGAGUUCAGGCGCGGUGACGUCAUCACAGUCACCGACCGCUCCGACCAGCAUUGGUGGCAGGGUGAAAUAGCGCAUCGGCGCGGGCUGUUCCCGGCGUCGUACGUGACCGCGUACCACUCAUAGUGGCAGUGCGACCUCACCUCUUGCCU